AUGAGGGUCACAGCUCCGCCGAGACAUAUUCCCGGUGCUGUUGAGGUCACAUUAUCGCAUAAAACAAAGCCGUUAAGUCGUAGCAGUCCCGGACCGAUGUCUGAGCCAAGUAUAGAAUAUGGUUUUCAACGUUUACAAAAACUUUUACCCAAAUAUCCCGGUGAUCCAGACAGACUUCCAAAAGAACUAAUCCUGAAAAGAGCUGCAGAACUUGCUGAAGCGUUAUACAACAGUCAACAGUUUUCAUUACCUCCACCACGAACACCGGUCGAUCAACUGUCCCAAUACGCUUCAGCAUACAGUGCUCAAUUUGAUACAAAUAGUGUAAUUUUUUCAAUGUUUAUUUCAAGUUUUUUUGGUUACGACCGACGAUCAAAAAAUAUGUCUACUAAAAACCAAAUAACUCAUUUUUUUUCCUCUUUUUUCUUUGAUUUAAACUAUAGUCGUUCACAUACGUCACCACGACCGUUAGCAUCAUACAGUAGCGGUACACAGAAUUCAAUAUCAUCAGCAAUGUAUCAAAGUUCUUAUUCGGCAUCUGUAUCGUCGUCACCAGCAGCACAGUUUCUAAAUUCUUCAUCUGCUCAAAAAAGAAUUUAA